AUGAGCUCCUAUUUUGCCAACGUGGCCUCGGCGGGCAGCUGGGCCGCCACCACUCAAGACCAAUACAGCUACAUGCAGAGUUCCAGGAGCCCAGUGGGUUACCCUGACCCCACGCAGGCCUACACGCAGUACAGCGCCAAUAUGCAAGGCUACCGCUAUCCUGCCGCUGCAUAUUCUGCAUUGGGCAACAUGGGGGUCGCCAUAAAGAAUGAGUACGAACAAACCACGAACACCACAACCUCAUCGUCUGCCCCUCCUGCAGGAUACGACGCCAACCAAGGUUUCUACACCUCCAUGACCUCCUCCAGGAGCGGUGACCAUACAGUUCCCCAGUCCAUAUCUGCUGCUGUUCCUCCGCCACCCCCUGCUCCUUCAACCCCUUCUUCAAUAGUGCCACAGGCCCUCAGCCCAGUGAACAGUGACUUCCACAGUGCCAAAAUGAACAGUUGUUAUAUGAAUCCGAUAACUGGACUAACCCCUUCGGCAGUGACCUCAGUGACCCACAACCCCCUCAGCCCUACGGACGUUCUUAGCCACGUCUACGGCGGUUCUCCUGACGGGGCGAUACAACCUUAUACCUCCAAGACCCAGUCCCCUGCCAACUACUACCAGUGGGUGAAGGCGUAUCCUGCAGUAGGGCAGGAUCAGGGUGCAGGACCUAAGAGGACCCGCCAGACCUACACAAGGUACCAGACACUCGAAUUGGAGAAGGAGUUCCAUUACAAUCGCUACCUGACGCGGCGACGGAGGAUAGAGAUCGCCCACGCCCUUGUACUUACAGAACGGCAGAUCAAAAUUUGGUUCCAGAAUCGAAGGAUGAAGGCCAAGAAGGAGUCGAAGCUAUCGAAUGACAGCACAGGAGAGAAAAGUGAGGAGAGUGAGGAGAAGGAAGCAAGUGAUGCCAGUCCUUCUCCUCUGCUCCUGACGGGGACGCUGGAAGGGGCAUUGGUAGAAGCACUAAAUGUGACUUGA